CGAGAAGUUUCUCUGCCUCCCGGCACAGUAUUUCGAUUUCGUUGCGGAAAGAUGAACUUCCUAGGGCACGAGUACUAUAAACUCAAUCGACGCCUCCUUUUGCUAGUCGGUCUGUGGCCGUAUGAGCAUUCAGUCUUCAAGUAUUGUCAAAUGAUACUUUGCAACAUCAUCGUGAUUAUGACGACAGUCUGUCAGAUCGCGAAAUUGAUCGAAUUGAGGCAGGACGUUAAUCUCGUGAUGAAACUUCUCUCGCCUAUCGUGCUUUACGUAGUCUACAUCAUAAAAUAUCAAACGUUUUGUAUUGUAGCUAAAAAGAUAAGACACCUCAUGAAACAUAUCGAAGAAGAUUGGAAUAUGCUGAAAGACAAAAAAGAAUUGGAGAUCAUAGGGAGAUAUACUUACAUUGGAAGUGUGUGUACCUUGUGUUUAACAAUACUCGGUUCUUUGGGUACAUUAACUUGCUUCUUUCUGCCGUUUGCACCGAGCAUCCUCGAUAUCUUUAUGCCGUUGAACGUUUCCCGCCCGCGACAACUCUUGUUUCCAGGAGAAUACUUUGUUGAUCAAGAAAAAUAUUUUUAUGCAAUUUGGUUGCAUUUAGAUAUUACUUUAAGCUUAGUGGUCACAACUCUGAUAGGCACCGAAUCGUUGUAUAUAAUUUACAUACAACAUGUGUGCGGAAUGUUUCAAGUGGCCAGUUAUCGAUUAUAUCAAGCAUUUGACAAGAAAGUUUUACAAGCUUAUGCACCUGAGAAACGAGCGAUCAUCGUUUAUAGAAAGAUAAUCGAAGCUAUAUAUAUUCAUAAUAGAACUAUCGAAUUUUUCGAAUUUUUGUGGUCCACCCUAAUGGUAUCAUACAGCAUUCUGCUUACAAUCGGCAUUACAUCGCUGGUUAUGAAUCUUUUUUGCCUUUUUUAUGAAGCAUUAUUUAUAAAACAAAUAAACGAAAUUAUGAGAUUACUUAUAUUUAUCGUUGGUCAAGUCUUUUAUUUUUUUUUGGGCAACUUGAUUGGUCAGAUUGUGAUAGAUCAUAGCACCGGUAUCUUUCAGAAAACAUAUAUCACGCGAUGGCAUAGCGCUCCUGUGCGAGCACAGAAAUUAUUGCCGUUUAUAAUGCAAAGAAGUAUGAAAAGCUGUAAGAUGGAUAUGGGGGGUAUAUUUGUUUCGUCAUUCGAAGGAUUUGCAUCGCUUAUGAGUACGACUCUGUCAUAUUUUACGGUACUUUGGUCGGUACACAAAUAGAAUGUAAGCAACAAAUCGUAGUCAUUAAAUUAGUAAAAUUAAAUAACAAUAAGAUAAUUAGCGAAACAUGUUCAUUUUGGUUUGUACUGUUUGAUAAAAAAACUUAUUAUAUAAGAGAUAAAAUAAUAAGUGCCAUCAAUAAACAAUCAUAUCAUA